GCUCCGGCGUGGUGGCGCUUCUGCACGCGGGCGGCGGCCAUGGCGCGUUGAACUCAUUUCGAUCUUGAGGUGUGUACUCAGAUUUGCUUUGAUUUUGUGCAUUUGAUUCAAUUUGCCAGGACCUAUGAAUCCGACCGCUGUGCUCAUUAACCCUAGAGUUUGGAGGCCCAUGGAAUUCAACUGGCUUGAACUACUUUCUUCAGAGAUAUCUGAUCCAGAAAACAUCUCUGUGUCUGCAAGGCUCGAUGGGGAGCCUGAACCUAGUUUAGCUGUCGUGAGUCCUCUUGCUGAUGGUGGUGGUGGUAGUGGUGGUGAUAAUACUUUCCAAAAUGCGGAACACCCACACCAAGGACAGCUUGUUGAUUGGGAUACACUGCAGAUUGUUGAGAGGCAAGAUGAAGAAGAGGGAAGGAUGGAACUCAUUGAUGAAGACCAGAUGUAUGUGCUUUUGGGUUUAAGGGAUGAGGAUGAUAAGGCCGAGCAGGCUGCUAAGGAGGCUGUCGCAGCAGCUAGUGCUGAUGGUGAUAAAGGAAAAGCUCCUGCUAUGGAAGAUACACAUGGUGCCGCCAUUCCUGUUGAUGAUGACAUACCAGGGGAGAGGAUGAUCUUAUAUGACCCAAACAAGCCUAGCAUGGAUCUGGGUACCGUUUACCCGUCCAUGGAGGAGUUUAGGUUGGCAGUAAGACAGUUUGCGAUAAAUGAGGAAUUUGAAUUAAAAAUUGUUAAAACAUGCCCCAAAAAAUAUGUUGCUGACUGUAGAGUUGAAGGAUGCCCAUGGCAUCUUAUUGGGAACAGACAGCCAGAUCGGAAGACUAUAAUGGUAUUUAUUUACUGA